UUGAAAUAUUAGAUUAGUGUAGAAUAAACUUUGAAGAGCGUUAUACAUAAAUUUUGUAUUAAAAUGUCUACUCACGAUCAUCCAUUUGGAAAACCAAUUUGUAUUUGGAAUUUUACUGAUCAAAAGAAAGUUUUAAUUGAUAGUGAAGGACUUGGAAACAUUUUCAAUCAUCCUGAAAUUAAAGAUCGUAAGGUCGCAAUAAUUUCAUUAAUUGGAGCAUUUAGAAGUGGCAAAAGUUUCUUUCUUGAUUAUUGCUUGAGGUUCUUGUAUGCUCAUUUCCCAUCAAUAAACAAUCCAAAUAAAGAACAAUCUGAUUCAUUUCAAAAAAAUCCGAAUUGGAUGGGCGAUGAAGAUGAACCUCUUAGAGGAUUUUCAUGGAGCUCAGCAACUAAUCGCGAUACAACUGGAAUUGUUAUUUGGAGUGACGUUUUUCUUCAUACUAUGGAUAAAACUGGAGAUAAAAUUGCAAUCAUCGUUAUGGAUACUCAAGGUCUUUAUGAUAAAGAAACAACUUUACAUAACAAUUCGAGAAUUUUUAGUCUUGGAACUUUAAUUUGCUCAAUACAAGUUCUAAAUAUUGCAAAUAGAAUCCAGGAAGAUCAUCUUCAAUACUUACAGUUCGCUACAGAAUACGCAAGAUUUGCUGGUGUUGACAGUCUAGAAGAGAAAAAAUGUCCAUUUCAAAAACUAUUGUUCUUAAUUAGAGACUGGAAUAAUCCCGAAGAUCAUAGUUAUGGAAUUGAUGGUGGAAAUCAAUAUCUCGAAGAAAUCUUCAAGAUAAAUCAAGAUGAAAAAUCAGAAUUGGCAAAAGUUCGUCAAUCGAUAUCGAAUUCAUUUGAGGAAAUCAAAUGUUGUGUACUUCCGCAUCCUGGUCGCUCCGUUGCUUCAUCUAAAGAGUUUGACGGCAGAUGGGCUCAAAUGGAAGCAGAUUUUAAAAACGAGCUUCAAAAUAUUGUUGAACAUCUUCUUCUUCCUGAUAAUCUUACUUUAAAAAAGAUUAAUUCAAACGAGUCUUCAGGAAGUGAGAUAUGCAAAUAUAUUGAAUCUUAUUUUCAAUUAUUUGAGUCGGAUGAAAUUCCAAAAGUUCAGAAUUUCUUUGCAGCUACUGUCAAAAGCUCAAUGAAUAUGCUUCUUGAACAAUGUGUAAAUAAAUAUAAAGUUUUAAUUGAAAGUAAAGGCUUGGUUAAAGAAGAGGAUAUUUUGGAAUUGCACGAGGAAUGUAGUACAGAGAUUAUGAAGACAUUUAAAAUGACCAAGAAGAUGGGAGAUGAGAAUCAUGAGCAAAAAUAUGAAAUUAAGUUAAGAAAACAAAUCAACGAGAUUUAUGAAGAUUGGAAAAAGUCUCAAUUUGAAACAGCAGAGAAAAUGAAAGCUGAAGAAGCUAUGCUAAAAGCUGAAGAAGCUAAAGAAAAGGCUGAACAGGAAAAGCAAAGAGCUGAGGAAGCAAAGCUUAAAGCUGAAGAAGAUAAAGAAAAGGCUGAACAGGAAAAGGAUAAUGCAAAUAAAGCAAAGUUAAAGGCACAAGAGGAGAAGGAACAAGCUGAACAAGCAAAGCAAAAAGCUGAAGAAGAGAAGUUAAAGGCUGAACAAGAAAAGGAACAAGCAAAAUUGGAAAAGCGUAAAGCAGAAGAAGAAAAGCAACAGGCUGAAAACGAGAGACAUAAAGCUAUAGAAAAUCAAAAGCAAGCUGAAAUGGAAAAUCUUAAGCUGGAAGAAAUAAAUAAAAAGUCAGAAGAAAGAGUCAAACAAGCUGAAUCAAAAGCCGAGCAAGCUGAAAAUGAUAAAUUUAGACUUAUAGAAGAAAAGAACAAAAUUGAUGAAAUUAAAAAUUUAGCGGAUGCGCGAGUAAAACAAGCCGAACAAGCCCUAGCAGCAGUUGAAAAGAAACUUAUAAAAGCAGAAUAUGAUAAACAAAAUGCUGAAAUAGCCAAAGCUUCAGCAGAAAUUAGAGCACAUCAAGCAGAAAAAGAAAAACAGCAAGCAGAACAAGCAAGAUUGACUGCAGAAUCUAGGGCAAAUCAAGCAGACAUAUACAAAUAUGAAGCCAAACAGUCAAUGGCAUUAACCGAAAUGAAGACACAACAUGUAGAAAAAGAGAAACAAGAAGCCAAAGAAGCUAAAAUAUUUGCCGAAAAUAGAGCUCAGCAAGCAGAAAAGGACAGACAAGAAGCUAAGCAAGCUUAUGCUUUUGCUGAAAAUAGAGCACAACAAUCAGAAAAGGCCAGACAAGAAGCUAAACAAGCUCUAAAAUUCAUUGAAAUUAGAGCACAGCAAGCAGAAAAGGAAAGACAAGAAGCUAAACAAGCUGAAGCGUUUGCAGAAAAUAAAGUACAGCAAGCUGAAAUAGAAGUACAAGAUGCUAAAAAAGCUCAAUCAUUGGCUGAAAAACAAGCUGAACGGGCUAAAAUAACAGCUGAACAAGCAGAAAAUAGAGCUGAACAGGCUGAAUAUAGAGCUCAGCAGGCAGAAAGGGAUAGACAAGAAGCUAAACAAGCUCAAGCGUUUGCAGAAAAUAAAGUACAGCAAGCUGAAAUAGAAGUACAAGAUGCUAAAAAAGCUCAAUCAUUGGCUGAAAAACAAGCUGAACGGGCUAAAAUAACAGCUGAACAAGCAGAAAAUAGAGCUGAACAGGCUGAAUAUAGAGCUAAACAGUCUGAAAAAGAUAGAGAAGAAGCCAAAAAAGCUAAAAUUUUGACCGAAGGCAAAGCUGAAGAUUUUGAAAACAGUAUUAAUUUGCUCAAGAUCAAAACAGAAGAUUUGAACAACCGAAAUAUUUUUUUUACGAGUAGUAUAGAAGAAAUGAAAAACAUAAUUAAAAAAGGAAGUCUAAGAGAAUUUCAAGGACUUUGGGGAUAUUCUGAAAACCAACGUGUUAAAAUUGCGGAAUUAAUCAAAUGUAUUGAUGAUACCCCUGUACAGGCAAAAAAUGAAGCCCAUCAAAAAACAUGAUAUCAAAAAUUUCUUUAUCACAAAAUUCCUUUAUCUGAGCAGUCACGAAAUCCUGAACCUCCUCCCCCUUCAAAUGUUGGCCCCUUUAAGCAUAUCUUAAGAUUUUUUUUUCAUUCCAUCCGUCCAAUUUAGUUCUUGAAGCAAGUUGAAUUCUACUGGAUAUUUAAAGCUUUGUUGAGGAUAUUUUUUCGAGAGGGAAAAAGUUCUGAAAUUUUUGUUGGUUCAUUCGUAAAUUCUAUAAAUUCGCAUCUGUGUGAAUAUUUCCGUAAAGAAUGAUCUGAUUCGUUACAAGUUUCUUUUAAUUAUUUUUCUUUAUUUUCAUCAAUAAAUCAGUACAUAAUGAGCGUGAAAUUACAAUUUGUAAAAUGUUUAAGGAUUUAAACUUCAUUUCUUCAUUGAAACAAAUUCAAAAACAUUUUAACAAUUGCAAUUUAUUUUUAUUACAAUUAUUUUAUAGUUUUAUUUACUAUGAUCAU